AAAAAUUAAAUAGGAAUAGGAAAGGAAAUUUAGUUUAUAAAUAUUUAUAGUUAAUAAUAAUUUAAUUCCUAGUGCUAGCACUGUUUAACCGCUACAAAGUGUGAAUCCUUCCCUUAAAAUUUUUUAGACGAUGUAAUUGAAAAGAAAUUUGUACAUUAUAUUCCGAAGUUAUAAUUUUUGGCAACCAUGGUUCCUGUUGCUAUCGAAGGUUGUAACCAAGGGGCCGAGGGUGGAGGAGCUCGAGGUGGCUCCAUUUCCCUUGCCUUGCUGAUAGACUUCAUAGUGCAAAGAACUUAUGAUGAACUUACAGUAUUGGCAGAAUUGUUACCGCGUAAGACAGAUAUGGAACGAAAAAUUGAAAUAUAUAAAUUUAGUGCUCGCACUCGUCAGUUGUUUGUUCGCUUGUUGGCCCUCGUGAAAUGGGCCAGCAGUGCUACAAAGGUAGAUCGUUCAGCACAUAUUAUGGCCUUCUUGGACAAGCAGGCAUUGCUUUUUGUAGAAACAGCAGAUGUAUUAGCAAGAGUAGCUAGAGAAACCCUUGUCCAUGCCCGCUUGCCAACGUUCCACAUGGCAGCAGCAGUGGAAGUAUUGACAUUGGGAACAUACAGUCGCUUGCCUGCAGUGAUCCGCGAACGGUUGGUGCCACCACCUACACUAACAGCUGCAGAACGUCGUACUACAUUGCGUGCCCUCGCUCAUGUUGUACGACAGAGACUUACCACUGCAUCAUUACCAAGUGAUGUCCGAAAUUUAAAAGUGGAGAAUGGGAGAGCUACAUUUACAGUUGGUCAAGAGUUUAGUGUAUCAUUGACAGUCAUGGGGGAUGCUCCAAACUUACCUUGGAGACUAUUGGAUAUUGCUAUUCUAAUUGCUGAUAGUGAAACUGGCGAAGGGAAGCCUCUAGUGCACAGCUCGCAGCUUGCUUGGUUGCGUGGCGUCGCGCAGGCCCGGCUAGCGGCCGCGGGCCUAAGCGGCGCGCUCGCAGCGCUCCGAUACUUCUGCCGCUCGCUGUCACUGGAGUUGCUUUACACGCAGACGUUGAGGUUGUGCCGCGAUCGCUUAUCGCGACAUUUGCAAGUGGACAGAUACACGCCAGGCCAGAAGUUGCAGGUGUCGUAUUGGAGAGAGUUAGGUUGCGAGCUUGGUUACCGGCUGAUAAUAGGCGCGGAGGGUGAGCAACUGUCUGUUUGGCACGUGCCCGCGCUGACGGGCGGCGAGCGAGUGUCGGCCGCGUUGACGCCACAUGCUCCCUCCAUGGAGCGGCUGUUGGCGCACACGGUCCACGUGCGCUCUAGGCAGAGGCUCAAUGACCUAAAAGUGCUGCUCAACGAUCUUGGUGUGGAGUGCUCUGUAGGUGGGUGGCCGUGCGUGCUAGCGUGCUCAGUAGUGGCGCCGUGCUUGCGCGCGGAGCAGCUGCUAGUAUGCGUGGGCGCUCACGGGGGCAGACUGCGAGCGCGGGUUCCUGCCUACCCCACCUCCCCGCGCAUGCCCGACCUGGCGCGUGCGCUCGCCUCCGCCGACCUGCCGCUCAUACGCGCGCUGCUCACACAACUCAGGUUCUGGUUAGUAGCUCGUAGAUGUGAGAAAACCCUACAACACUUGCCGGCUAGCGUGUGCGAGCACUUGCCCUUCCUCCACGGGCCUGAUCAUCCACUAAAUAAACUAUCACCAGAUCGACUGUACGUGACUUUACAUAGGCACACUGACCACAUUUUGAUUGUAGAAAUGAAGGAAGUCGCCGCAGGCAGCACGGCCACUACUAGCAACAGUGCCAAUAGUGGCAGUGCCUGCUCGGUGGCUCUGUCCUUCCACUUGGCCGGCGCGAGGCGCUGCACGCCCGACGAGUGCGAAGACGAAAACACAGCAUCGUCGGCGACUGCGCCCGCUGGGGUGGCGCGCGCUUUUUUCAAGAUCCACUCAUUGGUGGAACUAGACACGUUUACGCUCACACAUGGACCGUUCACGCCGCUUGAUACACCAGGCAUGCAGCCCGGUAAACGCAAGUUAUCGGCAGCGAACAUUCGCGCAGUGCGCGUCCGUCAGCCCGCAUACUUCUUACCCGAGCUGGCUCAUGUGGUGGCCGCGGCGGACGAACGGGUGCCGUUCGUCAAUCUAGCGCAAGAGUUGGCGAGUCGCGGCGUUACUCACGGGGGCGUUCAGCCCGAAUGGAGUGGUUCAGCGCUGGGCAUGCGUAUAGUGUCUCUGCCGCGACCAGAGGGAGCUUCAGUGGCCGCCGCCAAUGCCUUACGCGACCGCCUCCUAGCGGCUACUAUACGACUCACUACCAAGAACCAGGCUCGUGUGUGGACCGCUGAGAUAGUAUUCCACGGAUCACCGGUUCGCACUCCUAACCCGAAAGAACAAGGUGAGAGACGCUGCGUAUACUUGCAGUACGAGUUGGGAACAGAUGCGGGCCGCACCGCUGAGGCGUUCCUCGCCGACUGGGCCGCAAUUGUUCAUCUGCACACACUGCUCUACGAGUACAUGCUACGUCCGCAGCAAGAGCGCGACAUGCUGUGGCAGGGCGUGUGCAUACGCUCGUACACGUACCGCUCGCUGGUGCUCGGCUUCGGACCGUCGCAGCGCGCCACCGCCGUGCUGCAGUGGAGCGCGGCCACGCAGCGGUACACAGUGGCCACGCCCGCGCACCAACCCGCCGCCAACGCGCACCACCUGUUGCACCACCACCUGGACCACUACCUCAACUGGCACAAGGACUUGAUGUCGUUAGGCGUGGUGUUGCGAGAGACAUACGGCCCACUGUUGGCCCUAAGCCGCCUGCCCGCGCUGCCUCAGCUCGGGCUCCACCACGUGCGGACGCAGAUGCCCACGCCCACGUUCACACUGCUAGCCCACUCGUGGAGGAAGAUACGCGUCAUAUACGCCGGAGCGUAUUCGCUAGAAGUGGGCAUUCGUGGCGGAGGAGUGGUGACUGUACGCGAUGGUUCCUAUUCGAAGUUCGACCGCAGUUCCGUUGUUGACGAAUUCUCCCCUGCUCAAGGACUUAAAGCAUUUUUAUCAAGAUACGUAGAAGAAAGUAUUAGCUCAAGACUGUUAGCUGAAGACGACAAUCCACCGUCACCGAUGUCGCCAAUGCCACCAGGUGGUCUCCGUUUCCCGGCCCCGUUGACUCCGCCUCAGCCGCACACGCCACACUCUGCCCCAGUGACGCCACAUCCGGCCUCGCCAGCGCAACAUCAGAUGAGUGGUUCUUUUAACCUCACAUCGCCGCCGGGCGGUGCGGGCAGUAGCGGGGCGGUAUCAGCAUCGCCGGCGUCUCCCUUAGCGCCGUCCCCGCUGGGGGCGCCGGCCGCGUCGCCGCACCCCCCGCCCACCUCCCCUUUCACCGCGUGGCCCGGUUCGCCCUCCCUGCCGCGCCCCUCGCCCGGCCACCACCCCUCACCGCGACACCACCUCGAACAUAAAGGUCCUCAAGCGACAGGAGGCACGGCGUCUAGCGGCCGCGUUCUAGUAGGCGGACGGGCGUGGGCCGGCGCCACCGCCACUCCGCUACCAGUGGUUAAGAUUGAAGCUUUGUGCACGCCCUGCGAGCCUCCGCCUAACGCCCCACCUGGCCCGCCCUUGGCGCCCUUGCAGAGGUUCCUGGCCUGCGUCUACAUGAAGCGGACGCUGCAACGCUUUGUGCAACAAGAAGAGUUCCUAAAUAUGGUGUCAGUGGAAGCGACGAGUCUCACAUUCCGUUGCGAGGCAGCGGGACUGGCGGCGCGCGUUGCUCUACAUCCACAACACUUGCAAUCGCUACACUUGCAGUUGACGCCUUUACCCGAAGCUAAGGACACUUGGGCCACUGAUGACCUUCAGGUAAUGGAGAAGUUCUUCGAGCAGCGCGUGGCAGUGGCCCCAUACCGCGCGACCGCUUUACAAGGCUGGGCUCGCAUAUGGGGUGCGCCCGGGGCCGCGUUACCCUCGCUCGUGGCGCUUAUGCGGGCUGAGCUCGCCCCACUGGCCCCGCCGCCCGCCUGGCAUUUACACUGGGCUCUACGCAUCCCACCUGCCGCGCCGCAGAUCGUGCCCGCCGGCCAGCCCGCCGUGCUCUUGGCCAAACACAAGAUACUGUUCUUUAUUUGUCUGACGCGCGGCGACACGCAACUGGUACUACCGCUGGUGUACGACAUGCAGUCCAACGUAACGCAGCUUGCAGAUAAGCGCGAUUCGCAGCCGCAUCUCAUCGCUGUCAGCUUACAUCUAAAGCGGUUCAACGAGUUCAACCAGUCGCACGCGGAGUGCACGUUGUGGCCGGCGGUGCGAGACUUGCUCACGAACUUCACGCUGCCGCAGGACGCGCCCGCGCCCGCCGCACCGCCGCCGCCAUAACUACUGCCUCUACUUUCACCAUACACAUAGAUAUAAAGAACGGACUGAACGACACCCGCAUGAAAUCAUUCACAUAUAGAAUGGAAUGCCCUGUUCAACUGUAAAGUAAAGCUAGGCAGAUAACUGUGAGAGAAGAAGCUAUCGUGCGGCCAAGAUUUCGUGUAGCUAUCGUUAAUAGUAUAAGCAGUGAGUGAGUGUAUCUGUAUAUGGAUCUAGGUUCAACGUGUUCACCCUUGCGGCCUUCUCGCCAACUUCACGCUGCCGCAGGACGCACCUGCACAUAAAGAAUGGACUGAACGACACCCGCAUGAAUUGAGGACCUAAAAAAGGCAGUGAGUGUGUCUGUGUAUCGAUGUAGGUUCAUUAAGUUCAACCAAUCGUAAGCGGAGUAUAUGCUGCCGCAUUUUAUUUAGUACGAUCUAAUAAAAUAAUCGUCCUGAUACUAAACUCCAUUGGUGUUUCACAUGCAGAUGAAAUCCACAUUCGCUCAGGUGAAAAACAGCCCUUAGUAAAAUCUAAGAGAAACGCCUUAUACUACGCUACAAUCGUAUCAGGACAAAGGUUAAGUGUUUUAAGGUUUGCUUCAAGAGGACUACAGAUUUCUCAUUUUUUAUAUUACUUAGAGGUCUUUGUAAAUAUUUAUAACAGAUCCUUUUUAUUUUUAUUAUUUUGAAUAAGCUAGAUAAGAUCGAAUUCUAUUGAAAUGUUAACACUAACAAAUCGGAUAAUAUUGGCCAUUGUCUCCAUAAAACAUGUUGAAUGUUAAUUGAAUAAUUUUUUUAAUUAUGACAGUUUGAUAAUAAUUAGGACUUUACAGUAAUCAAUAAACUCAUAUUUCU